AUGCCGAAAUAUUGUGUUGAAUUUGUAGCUGAUGUAUGCACUGUACCAUCUCGUGAUACUUCUGACUGUUCAGAUUGUAAAACUGAACAUAUCAGUUUAGAGAAUAACAGCUAUACACUACCUAUUAAAUCUGAUUCUAUUUUAACCUAUCAUAUAUCAACAGGUUCAAAUAUCCCAAAACAAAAGUCAAACAGUUCUAAUCUUGAAUAUUUGACAAAGGACUUAAACAAAUUAUACAGUGAAGAGGAUAAUAUAACACCCGGUGCUACAAAAGUUAAAAUAUCAAAUAGUAAAUGCAAUACAAAUUCACAUGAAUUAUCCAUGGGAAAUACAGUUUGUUGUAUGCCGGAUAAUUUAAAGUCUACAUGUGAAUAUCACUGUCAAAAACCAAACUUUGAUAGACACCUGACAAGAAGUCAAAAUUAUGCUUCAAAUUGUCGAAAAUUUGUUAUUUCACGUGCUGUACAGUAUGAAGAACAAUCAGAAAAGCUACAGACUAGAAAAGAAAUGACAAUGUCAAAUAAUCAUAGUUAUCAAGAGAUAUUAUGUAAUCACCAACACCAACAUCAUUAUCAGUACAAUGGGAGUAGUAUUCAUGAAAAGUAUGAUCCCAAUAAGAAUUUGAAAUCAGAUAUACCCGUUAAAAUAGCUGACAAGGCAUCACAAUGUCAAUGGGAUAGAAAGCAAACCAAAAUUUCCACAAGUCAUUAUUUGUCUAAAACUGGAAUACAUGACGAUGAGGCAUUUUUACCCUGUGUAGAUAUUUUAACAAAUCAUUCGAAUAACUUGUUAAAUUCAGUAUCAGAAUGGUCUGUUGAUGUUAGUUCAUUGUCUGGACAACGGUGUUCCAGUGUUACACCGCCUAUAAGAAUGAUUGAAUCAAAUAGUAAAUUUGAAGGGAUACCACAUGGUGAUUGUUACAGAAAGGCUGAAUACACAUCGAAAGAUGAGAAUCAUGAAAUGGUAAAGGAUUCUACAGAUUGUAAUGAUAAUUGUGAUACUGGUAGUCUUUCGGCGACAUUCCCAUCGAAAUCUAUAAAUCCGCUUACUUAUGAAGGAGAAUGUGAGGAUAAAAUGAAAUGUCAGUCGAGUGUAUUCGACAAUUCCAAUUAUUAUAAUCAUAAUAAUAGUAGUGGUAGUAAUAGUAGUUACACUAAAGAUAAUGGCCAGUGCAAACGUUCAAAAUCCUCCACUGGUGAUUUGAGGCAGUCUGGAGAACAAAGACAAGAAAAUAAAAACAGAAUUCCUUGCCCCAAUUAUUAUGUUCCAUUGACAGAUGUUUCAGCUUUUGGUGACUCUCUACAUCCACUCACAUCAUCUACGAUAAAGCAAAAUCAAAAAUGUUUAAUUUCCACAGGCUCACAAAAGCCGAACCAUCACAUUCACAACAGUAAACAUCAGUGUCAUCCAUCAGAAAGUUAUUACAUACCAGGACCACAGGUGGAGAUUAGUUCACAUAUUGAUUUAUCUGGUGGUUCUUUUACAAAUGCUUCAUCUGUCAGUUCAUUAGAACAAAUUAAUUUAAAUAAUGAACAUGAAAUUAUAAAAUCUACUUUACAAAAUUGUCCAACAACAACACCUAGUCAUAUCCAACAAGGUUUGAAUACUAAUCAAGUUAGCAUAGAUUCUUUACCUAAAGAACAACCUCAUUUAAAUGCCGAAAAAAGCGAAGAAGGUUCUUUAAAUCAGCCAAAACAUGAAGAGUUCGAUAAAUCUCUGACACCAGGCUUAAAUUCUCAGAAGACGAGCAAUGGAUCGUCUACUAAUAAAAUUACUCCUAAAAUUUGUGAAAAACCUGUAAACUUGAAAUCAAAUGUUCAUGAACACGUGGGAAAACAGUAUACUCCAAAAAGUAAUCUACCAAAUAGCUUUAAAAACACAUUAUUAAAUUCAACUUAUGUUAAUUCUACAACUCAUCAGUCUAAUGAUAUUUCGAAUAAACCGAAAGAUUCGAAAUCAUCACCCGAUACAAAGAACACACAGAUUUUUGUACCAAGUAGCCGGCCACUGAAAGAAUCUAGGAUACCAAUCCCGAAGACUAUUCUGCCUUCACCAAUAUAUCGACCGCCAUCUAUUCAAAAAAUUGAACUCAAUACUCAUCAAUUAAAGGCAAAUCAGUCAAUUAAAACUACAGAUCUACGAGCUGAUACUAUGGAUCAAUCAGGAAUACUACAAAGGAACUACGAUGCCGCUGAGACUUUACCCUUUGACAUCAAAACAGAUCCACAUCUUGCGGAGGUUAACUCAUCUAGUCAAACUAAUUCUAAUAUGGAUAAUUCAGUUGAAGCGAAUACUAUAAAGAUAGAUGACAAUGAAAAACCAGAAAAUGUCAAAAGUAGUUUACAAAAAAGGCAGAGUAGAUCACUUGAAAAAGUAAUCUACCCAAGAGAUAACUCCACCAUACAGUCAACAAAAUCACAUCACUCUAGAAUAAGACGUAAGCGUCAGUCUUAUUCCCUACAACCUAGAUAUUUUCGUGGAACUUAUUAUAAGUCAAACAGUAAUAAUAAUGAUGAUGAUGAUGACGAUAACGGUAACUUUAAGAAUCGCACUCGGACUGCUCAUAGUCGUCCUAGGUCAAAAUUCCUUGCAACUAAGAGUUUAACUCCUCCAACAUCACAAGCAUGGGAUAAAAAUCCUAUUGCACAGAAUGUACACACUAAAUCACUAAUGAUACAGUCAGGUUUUGACUACAGUGAUUUAAAACCCCCAGAAUUACUACUGCAGGUAAAUUCAAUAUCUACGAUAAAUUAUUCAGAUACAUCGAAUGAUUUAAAAGUACAACUCAUUAACCAGAGUAAUCGGUCUACCAUGUCUUCACCACCAACUAAUCUACCUGUUCUACACAGAAGAUUAUCAAAUGAAAGUAUAUCUUCUGCACCGUUACAAAAGCCGAUAUCAAGACCUUUAACUGCCUCAAGAGAACCAAUAGCCGCCAAUCUGUCGCCUUUCACAUCAAUUAAUAAUCCUUCACAGGCUUUAACACCGCCAACACCAAUACCAUCAUCACGUAUAAAAUUAAUUCGUCGUAAAUUUUUUAUCCCUGAAAGUGCUAAUAUUGAAGAGAUUCUCGCCGAUCCUGAUGAUCGACGUAUUAAAGCCAUUUGUGAACGAUAUAAAUGUGAUCUGGAGAUUUAUUCUAAACUGCCAUGGUGUGGUUUUUUACAAUAUGUUAUUAUAAUGUCUGCACGGGAUAUUUAUACCCUACGACGUUGUGCACGUACCUUAGACUCUAGACUUAAUUGGUGUCUGUCAGCACAAUUAAAAUAA